AUGCUCACGGUCUGGUGGGUUGCCAUCGUCUGCAGUUUGCUGGCCCCAUCGCAAAGCCAGCUGCCAACAGAUGCCGUCAUCAGGGUCAAUAAGGGCGUUUUGCACAAUGCGGUCGCCAACUCUGUGGCCCAAAGCAACGCCCUCCAAGGCGCCAUGAGAGACUUGCCCAUUGGCAAUGGAGGUGGUGGUGACGGUCUGCUAGGAGGCCUCCUUGGUGGUGGAGGUGGAGGAGGCCUACUCGGGGGUAUUACCGGUGGUUUGCUAGGGGGAGGAGGUGGUGGUGGUGGAGGCCUUCUUGGUGGGGUCACUGGAGGUUUGCUUGGUGGCGGCGGUGGAGGGCUUCUCGGCGGGGGCCUGCUUGGAGGGGGUGCUGGAGGCGGCUAUGAGGCUUAUGGUGGUGGCCCAGUUUACAGGGUUGGUGGAGGACAGCCUGGCUAUGGUGCACCUGAUCUUCGUGGCAACGGUGGAGGUCCUGGUGCUGGAGGCCUGCUCGGCCGCGGAGGCCUGCUGGGUGAUGGAGGUCUGCUUGGCACUGCAGGUAUUCUUGGCGGUGGUGGUGGUCUCCUUGGCAAUGGAGGCCUGCUGGGUAAUGGAGGCCUACUUGGCGGAGGCGGCAUCCUCGGCAUCCUCGGGGAAGGAGGUUUACUCAGCACAGUCCAGGGCCUUACAGGAUUAAGAAUUGUGGAGCUGACACUUCCCAGGAUCAAUCUGAGGCUCUUACCUGGGAUCGGGGUCCACCUGGAUUUGUAUACCAAGGUGGCACUCAAUGGAAAGAGUCUCCUUGGGUUGCUCGAUGUCGCAGUGGAAGUGAACAUCACCGCGAUCGUCCGGCUGACGAUGGAUGGCACCGGCUACCCCAAGCUGGUGAUCGAUCACUGUGAUGGCCUUCUUGGUGGCAUCAAAAUCAGACUCCUCAGAGGCCUGCUCCCAAUUGUGGAUAAUUUAUUGGCCCGUGUUCUUAACAGACUUCUUCCGGAACUGCUGUGCCCCGUCAUCGAUGUUGUCCUGGGCCUUGUGAAUGAUGAGCUGGGACUCGUGAACUCUCUGGUCCCGCUGGGCAUCUUGGGGAGCGUCCAGUACACCGUCUCCAGUCUCCCGCUAGUCACGGGGCAUUUCUUGGAAAUCGAUUUAAACACUGUAGUGGGGCAGGUGGCUGGCCCCCUCCUUGACUACCCACUGGGCAAGCCAGAAGCUGUGGGACCUGCUCCUCCAAUGCCCCCGAUGCCUCCCAUGGCCGAUGCAGCAAAUUCCCAGCUGGGGCUCUCGGUCAACUUCCUCAGCUCGGUGGUGGCCCUCCUGCAGAAACAAGGGGCUCUGGACAUAGACAUCUCGGACGGCAUGUUCCCUGAACUUCCUCCCUUGACUACGUCAACCCUCGGAGCUUUGAUUCCAGCGGUGUUCCCGAUGUUCCCAGAGCCGCGGUCGCUCAUUCUGAAGGUGUCCGUCCCUGAUGUCCCCACAGUGAAGCUGCAGAAGGAUAAGGGACUCAUCCAACUCAAGGCUACUACCGAAGUGCUGGCGUCCAAGCCGAACGACGUUCACCAAUCCCUCUUAGUCCUGAACAUUGACACUUCUUUGCUGGCCAAGUUUUCUGUCGAAGACAACAAACUGAAGAUCAGUGUGGAGCUUGACAAAACUCACAUCACCUUGGCGUCUUCGUCCCUUGGGAAAGUUGAUGUUUCGCUCCUGGAGGGACUGGUGGGCAGGAUUUUUGAUGUCGCGUUCCUUCCAGCAAUGAACAGUGUGUUAGGAGGGGGCGUCCCUCUCCCCAAACUGCUGGACAUCGACUUCAAUAAUGCUGACAUUGAUGUCAUUGAAGAUCUGCUCGUGCUGUCUGCGUGA